AUGUUCCGUGGACUUUGGUCAUCAAUUCAGACAAGUCAAAUUUGUGAUUGAAGUCGUAUUCAUUGUAAAAACAAUAUUAGAAUACAAUAUAUUUAUAUACAAACUUUAAAACAAUUUGGUGUUUUUACGUGCUUAUUAUUCUUGUAUAUAACUAAAAUGUCUUUAAAACUCUAUUUUGAUUUAUUAUCUCAACCAUCAAGAGCCUUAUAUAUUUAUUUGAAAGCAGCAAAAGUACCUUUUGAGCCGUGCAUGGUGCCUUUGGCAAAAAAUGCACAGUUGAAACCAGAAUACGCAAAAAUAAACCGAUUUCAGAAAGUUCCAUGUAUUGAUGACAAUGGUUUUAAAUUGGCUGAAAGUGUGGCAAUUUUCCGUUAUUUGGCACGAACAUAUCCUAAGGAAGACCAUUGGUACCCAAAAGAUUCAAAGAGUCAGGCAUCUGUUGAUGAAUUUUUAGAAUGGCAACAUACUGCAUUACGAAUGCCAUGUGGAAUGUAUUUUGUGAAUAAGUGGUUAUUACCUUUCAAAACUGGUAAAGAAACUCCAGUUGAGAAAAUUAAUGAAAGUAAAAUGCAAAUGGAUCAAGCCUUAGAUUUAUUUGAGAAACAUUGGCUGAAGGACAGGCCCUAUAUGGCUGGUGAAAAAAUAUCAAUAGCAGACAUUGUUGGUGCUUGUGAAGUUGAACAACCUAAAAUAGCUGGAUUUGAUCCUGCUGAGGGAAGACCUCUUUUCAAGGUAUGGUUGGAAAGGGUUCGUAAAGAUCUGAACCCUCACUAUGAUGAAGCACAUAAAUUUGUAUACAAAUUAUUUAAUGAUCAGAAACAAUUUUGUACCAAUAUGUCUCUGAAAUUAUAUUUUGAUUUAAUGUCUCCACCUUCAAGAGCGCUCUUUAUAUUCUUGAAAGCAGCAAAAAUUCAAUUUGAACCUUGCAUAGUAUCACUGGGCGAAGGUAAGAAUUUAGCACCUGAAUUUGCAAAAAUAAAUCGGUUUCAAAAACUACCAUGCAUUGAUGAUAAGGGCUUCAAACUUGCUGAGAGUGUUGCAAUAUUACGUUAUUUAUCAAAAGCAUAUCCAAUAGAAGAACACUGGUAUCCUCAAGAGGCACAAAAACAAGCUUUGGUAGAUGAAUUUUUGGAAUGGCAGCAUAUCGGAUUAAGAUUACCUUGCGGGAUGUAUUUUAUAACAAAGUUUUUGACGCCGCUAAAAACAGGUAAAUUUGCAAGUCCCGAAGAAAUUAAAAAAAGUGAGCAAAGGAUGCACGACGCUUUGGAAUCGUUUGAAAAUCUUUGGCUGAAAGACAGGACAUACAUGGCUGGAGACCAAAUAUCAAUUGCUGAUGUAUUAGGUGCAUGCGAGGCCGAACAACCGAAAAUAGCAGGGCUUGAUCCAUCCGAAAUGCAUCCCAUAUUCAAACAAUGGAUGGAAAGGGUGCGCAAUGAUCUUAACCCACAUUACGAUAAAGCCCAUAGAUUUGUUCAACAAUUUUAUGAACAACAGAAAAAUAAUUGA